GGCAUGGACGCCUUCGCCAACAUCGCCGACCAGGGCUUUCAAAGCCUUGCCAGAACCUGGCAUGUGGUGACCGGAGCUUCGCUUCUGCAGCGCAGGCAAUCCAAGCCUUUGAAGGCAUCCGCUGCCAAGGCCGUCAAAAUGGUGAUGAAUGGACAUCGUGAUCUCCAUAUCCAAGGCCUCCAAAGUAUCCAUGGACUCUGCGCCAUCGCACCCGGAAGAUUCUCCGGAAAAGGCAUAAUGGGGCUUCGGCGAGAAGCCACCGUAGGCAGCGAAGAAAGGCGAAGUGGUGCAGAUCAAAGCGUGGAUGCACAACCUAGGAAAAGCUGGGCGUCCACAUCACCAAGAGAAUGCAAAGGGCCUGGCAUUGGCGCCUCCACAUCGCAAGCCUGCAGGAACAUCAGCUGGAGCAGUACGCUGGAACUUCUGUCGGAAUUUCAUCUUCUGAAUGGCCAAUGUCAACGCAGCUUUGCGCUCACGGCGAAGGUGCUCUUCAGCAGAAGCGGUGUGAGAAGGACCGCGCCUGAGAAAUCUCGCCAGCUGGAAAAGAGCCAUUGCCCGAUCGAGCCGGAGGAAUGUUGAUGUAAGAGAGGUUCAAUAUUUUGAAGGUGG